CGAAACCUCCUCGCGGUUAUUAUAUAUCUACUGUACCGUACUUUAUUUUAUGUUCGAUUAGUUUUGAAAGUCUUACUUUUGUUUCUUAUUGGAGUAUCUAUUUAUGUUUAAAAUUUAGAUCUUCUGGGAAUGGUUCGCAGAAGGCGCACCCUGAAAAAUAAGCAGUUAGGGAGUGGAAAAACCAUUUUAGAAGGAUCAGCUGCAUGCGAGGAAGCUGUUAAGACUACAUCUGUUACACCCAUUACAGACAUGGGCCAAUCCAGUAGCAGACCAACCUUGUCAGUAUCACAUAUUGCAACAUCUCCUCAUACAAGUUCAAGUUCAACUGAUAAGACUGAUGAAGAAGAUAACUUAUUCCAUGGGAUCUAUAUUCCUUCAGAAAGUGAACAUAUAAAAACUACAGAUAUCUUUGUAUACACUGAUAAAAAUGAAGCGCUUCGCGUUCUCAAGCAAAAUAAAAAGGCUAGAAUGAAGUCUUUUGUGCGUAAAGAAGAUGCUAUUCAAUUCUCCACAUUGGGUGGUAUUAAAUGUGUCAUUGAGAAUUCAAAUAACCCUGAGAAGACAUUUUACAAAGGUCCCAAAUCUCAAGAUUUAGUGAAGUUCAGAAAAGCUAUUGAGAUGGCUGACAUAGAUUUUGUGAAAAAGCUGAUAGAUGAAAAUCCUCGUUACUUGAUCAGCAGUGGUGAUACUCCUUCUAUUCUUCAGGAAGGAUCUCGUUAUAAUGCUUUGCACGUUGCUGUUAAAUCAUACUCUGCUAAAAUGUGCUAUUUUAUUCUGUCAGUAAUAUCAAAUGUGGAGUUUUUCCAACGUUUGUAUGGAAUGAAUAAUUCCAAUAAUGAGGAACGAAUUAAUGUAUUGCUUGAUCUAUAUUUAAACAUGCCCGAUAAAGGAUGUAAUGAAACACCAUUACAUUUUGCCAGCAAACUUGGAGCUCUGGAUGUAAUUAAAGUACUGGUGUGUUAUCCACAGUGUGACAAAACUAGGCGUAACAAGGACGGAUUGAUGGCUGUCGAUAUUGCCUGCAGACGAGCUCCAGAACACUUGAUUAGUAACAAGGCUGAAAUCAUUAGAGCCCUUGGAACUUUAUAUUAUGUUCCCAUACUAAGGUCUGAUGAUAAUGCUUUACAGCCAUUAGUUGGAGAACCAUUUACACCUAACAAUCCCCCCGAAAUAACUUCACCAACCAAAGUUGUGCCUUCACUUGAAGUUAGAGCUCUUGCUGGCCCUAUGACUGAGGAAGAAGCAAAAACAUUCCGAAAAAUAUGGAAAACUCCUCCACGAACUUCUAGAGAUAUUUUAAAAAAUCGACCUGAGCUUUCUGACCCAGAAAAAGGGUUAGAGAGAGUAGGAAGGAAAUUGGCACACGAAUUCCAUGUUCAUUGGAAGGAAUAUUGGAAUUUCUUGAACAGUUUUGUUGAUUUAGCUUCUCCUGAGGGGCUUAGCUUGUUGGAGAAUUACCUGAAAAGGGAAUUUAAGCGGGCUUAUGAGACCCAGGCCAGGAAUCCAUCAGUAGUGCCUUCUUCCAGUGUUGAUUCUAUUGCUUUUGAAUUAGAUAAAGUUGCUAAGCGACUUGCCAAUUUAUCCCUUGAAGAUAAUUGCCAAAUACCACCAGAGUCAAGGAAAACUCCUGAAUCUAAGCCUUUUGAGAAUCAGGUAGAUGUUUUGAAUCAACCAGGAUGCCACAAUGAACAAUUGGACCCUGUGGAACUUUCUCUAAGGUCUGAUUCACCAAUGUUCUUUGAAGGAUAUCACCAUGUGUUUCGCAGGAAGAAGAAGGCAUUUAAAUCAAUCACCAAUUCGAUGGAACACACCUGCAAGAUAUUUGCUAAUCGAAUUGGGCCUGCUUUACUUCAAGAGAAUUUCUUAAGUGUUUUACUUGAUAUUAGUUCGUUUCAAGUUUUUUUGGCUGGUUGUUUAGCUGAUCGGAGAUUUGUGGACAUAGAUUUGUCCAAAUCUCAUUAUAGACUUUCUGUGCUGUUAAAAGAAACUCUUGCUUCUUUUCCUGAUACCAGAGGGAAAGCGAUUGAAUUCCUUAGUGAAUUAAUGAGCGCUAAUAUUGAUAAAAUGAUUGAGAAUGAUAAAGUCCCUAAACCAAAUUUGAAAGAGUCAGUUCUCUGCAUCUGUCGAUUUACUGUCGCCCUCUUAUCGUGUUCAUCUAUCGAAAGGAUGCCUACUGGAGCUAAUGCAGACAUUCUAUGGACAGCUGCAGAAAUAUGUUCAUGCACUAUUCCAACUGCCAAAGUUCCCAGAAGGUUUCCAUUAACAAAUAUGUGUCCAAGAAAUCUGUUUAGUGAUGAUAGUGAUUCUUCUGAAGAAUGUUCGCAGAUCAGAAAAUUGUCCUUCAGUAGCUCAUCGUCAGAGUCAUCCGAAGAAUUUCACACAGCCCCAGCCUCACCUCUGGAGAUUGACGAUAUUAUGAUAGAUGAGGGGGAAGAAGAAGAAGAAUUUAUGGUUAUGUCUGAAACAGGGCCUGAUGUGUUUUUAGCUGGGAAUUUCCCAACAAAAUUGGACAAAGAUGUUUUAGAAGCAAUAGAAAACUGUGAUAUACCACCUUUUAAAUAUCCUUACAUUGUUCUUUGGAAAUUGGCAUGUAUUCAAAGAUCAAAUACUGAGCCGAUUGAAAGGUGGCCCACUCCAAAACCUCCACAUCGGUUACCUUUUCGACACUCAUAUUAGCUGUCUGUUUAUGUAUUUUUAUAUAUUAUCAAAUAAAGCUCACAGAAAUAUGAUUAUUUUAACAUAAAGAAAACAAAAAAAAAAAAAAAAUUUUAAAUAAUUUAAACUCAAUAAAUAAUUUUAAAACUUUAACUUAAAUAAUUAUUUUUUCUAAUUUUAUAUUUUUUAUUUUUCAUUAAAUAUUUGAAAGCAUUUAAGACUGAAUCAGUUUAACAUUCAACAUCAAUAUAGAACUGUAUAUGUUCUGUAUUGUUUUUAAUAUUUAUUUCACAUUAUUUUUCAACUUCAUGAGUUAGUUAUGUUCAGUCUAUUUCAUAUUCUUGUCUCUUCCUUUAUUAUUUAUUGAAUUAUGAAUGUUUUUAUUUUUUGUGUUUUAUUAAAUGUGUCAGUUAUUAAACUUUGUUUAACUUUAAUUUUUUGUAUUUGUUUUAAUCAUUUACUCAGGAUAAACAGAAAUAUUUUAUUAAGAUUAUGUUGUAUAUUGUCCCAAUUGCUUGUUCCUAUUAUAAAAACCCCUUUAACAUUUUUGUGGAAGUUUCAACUGCAGUUGUUUAUUGAUGUCCAUACACAUUAUUGUUGGAGUGUUUGCUAGUUUAUUUAUCUUUUGAUAAUAGAUCAAUUUUUUAAAUAUUUUCAUUGGGGUUUAAGACUGACUUAUAUAAACCAGGGACUGAUAAUAUUCAAUUUACUUGUAAAUUAGAUUUAUGGUACAAAGAACUACAAUUUAUUGUAUGAUUCAUACUGGCGUUUUAUGACUAUUUGAUUAAGUUGUAACAAAAAAAGAAAAUUGUCAGAUUAUUUCUUCACAGUACUGUUGUUAGAAAACGACUUUUUUUUAAAUGAACAUAGUUUUCCAUGCAGUUAAAGAAAUGCAACAGCAACAAAUGAAUUUCUCAUUAUAUGGCAUUGGUUUACCAUAAAUUUGGUUGUAGUUUUAUUCUUAUUAUUUGAUCUCUGAUAAUUUUUAUAUUUUCCAUUUUUUUACCGAAUAUAUUCACUAUUUUGGCAUGAUUUUAAAAUAUACAUUUUUUUUAUAAUGUGCAUUUUUUUUUUUUCUACAGUGUGAUUUGAGUUCUAGGAAUAAUAAAUUUUCUUAAAUUAAUAGGUUAAAUUAAAAAUUGUGAUAAACUUUUUAUAUUAUAUUUUUCAAUUUGUAUAGUUAUUGUAGUUUAUAUCUAUAAAGUUAGAUGUUAUAUUCAAAUUUUAGAUGAUUGUGUAUAUUUAGUUUGUAAAAGCUUAAAAUUAAUCUUUAUAUAUAUUUUUUGUAUUGCUAUUGUUCUUUGUUUCAAGUAUCUAUAGUAUCAUGGUUUCUUUCACUCUCAGUUUCAUUUUUUAAUGUUGAUCUGUUUAUAUUUUCUAUUUGUUUUAUGUAUAACUGAGUUACCAAGUUAAAUACCUGUUUUUAUUUAUUUAUGCUUUUAAUUUUGGUUUUAUUUUGAGCCCUGUCAAUUUUAAAUAUUUCUGUGAUUUGAUUAAAAAGGAUUUUCUGUGAUGUAUAAUAAAAUAGUUUUGAUAGGCACACAUGUGUUUGUGCUUGUGAUUGUUUAUUUUAAUAAAUUUUUUAUAAUUGUUAUAA